GCGGACGUCGCCUACGUCAAACCGGAGUCGGCGAGCUAAACAGAAGUCCGUGUGGUUUGUGAAGACAUUCUUGGGCAGACAGGACCUGCGCUGUCACCCGCCUUGUGAGCAAUGGUACAUAGACAGGCGAUAAAACACAGAUUUCUUCACCAUGGCUGCAUUAUUGGAACGGUUGGUUUUCCUACAAAAAGUGCCAACACUUAUGCGAGCAACAUCAGAUGACGAAUCGCCCUGUCCCGGCUAUCUCUUUGAGGAAAUCGGCAAAAUUUCCCAUGAGUCAGUGGGCUGCUGCCAGUGUCUUCUUGAGUACCUCUUGGAGAGACUACAGGUGGAGUCCUGCCACGUCAAACUUAAGGUCCUGAAGAUUCUCCUGCAUUUAUGUGGCCAUGGACCACCUCACUUCCUCACAGAGCUACGGCGGAAUGCUACAUUUAUACAAGAAGUAAUUGUGUACAGUGGCCCCCCGGACCCCAUCCAUGGAAAUGCUCUCUUUCAGAAAGUCAGAAGCUCGGCUCAGGAGUUGGCUACCCUACUCUUUAAUGAUACCAUGUCCCUAGAUUCUGGACUGUCUCCACUCAAAACAGUGACACAAUCUGUGGGAAUGGGCUCAGAGUCACUCAGGUCUGGCAUGCAGGGGUUCGGAUACAGCCCAGGAAGGAAAGAGUCCAGUAGAGGAACUCUUUUGGACAAGAUUCAGAAAGCUGCCGAAGCGGUUGCCAGCGCUGUCCUUCCUCCAACAGAGCAUCCUGGCAUUCGUGUCCAUGACAACCACUACCACGCUGUGGUGGCGCCCUCAGCUACUGUGGAGAUGGCAGAGCCAGCAUGUGCCUACAACAUCCAAUCUCACUGCCACAGAGCAUCUCACAGGUGCCUAGGGCAGGCUGGAGGAGGCUGGGAGGAAACGGACAGUGGGCACAGCUCAUCCCACAACUCAUCCCAGGAGACUGCGGAAGCCAGCCAGACCUCAUUGGGAGGAAGCAGUAAGUCGGGCGGCUCGGGCAGCCACUCCGGUGCGAGUCCGGAGAGCGGUGACCUAUCAGAGCGUGUGGAAGCCAUUCAGUUCUGUGGUCAGGAGACGGCACUUAUCAACAGACUGUCCAGCGGUUCCAAAGUCUUCCUGUCCAGAGAGGAGAGCCAGCACUUCAUCAAAGAAUGCUCCACUCUCAACUGUGAGGUGGUCGUUGAACUUUUGUCUCGCAAACUCCAGGACCACACACAAAUCGUCCAGAUGAGGGCGUUGUGUGCUCUGGCCUGCCUGAUUUCUUCAGAUUUCCUGUCUCUAGACCAUAUUUACAAUAUCAUACAUAAACACCUUGCACAACUUAGUGAAGGAACCACAGGCCCUGUCGCCAACAAGGCAACCAAGCUUUUAAGGCAGUUUGAGGCCUUGCUUGGUUGUGUCACAAAUUCCAAAUGUGACCGUGCUGGAUGUCCAACCUCUGCCAGCUCUUCGCUUUCAGAUCAACCCUCUGAAUCUAUAACCGUCCCCUUUGUUCCGGGACAACUAGGAGACACCUUAACCUCUGUUAUCCCAUCAGAGGAGACCCCAUCUACACAUCACCUGCAGGGUAACAGCACUGCACCUGGGUCUCAUAUGAAAAGAAAACAAGAAGAUGGAGAGUACAGGUACACGGAAACCUCUAAAAUCUCAGAACCACCCAGACUGUCACUCUUCAGUGGAAUGGAGUUAGUCAACAGAAGCAAGCCUGUAUGCUUGGUCGAGCCUGUUCCUGUCGAGUCAGGUGCCCAGAUAAGUGUAGAAGCCACUACAGGCACAGACUGUGCAAUUGAGAAAAGCUGUGAGAGAACUGCAGGCUCACUCACAUCUAGUGAGCAAGUGUCUGCCUUCUCCUUCCUCAAUCUCUGAUGCCAACAUUCAUUUACGGUUAUUUGCCGAUUUGGGGAAAAAUAACUUCAGAAUUACUCAAAUCAUGCAUGUCUCAGUUUACAUGCUGACUGCAUGUAUCCAGGAAUAUUCCAGUUGCUGUAAAGGAAUUUUUGAUCAGAAAUAAUUUUUCAUGUAAAUGUGGUCGCAGUAUUUAUGGAGGUAACAUCCACCUGCAAUUGCAACUGCAACAUACUCUUUACUCACUGUCUAAAUGCUGCUAGUGGUUCACAUUAAGCGUUCAGAGUGGGAAUGUCAAGUCUUGAUCAUCAUCAGUAAUGGUACAUCUCUUCAGAUCAUUCUGAUUUCACUGAGAUACAUUUGAGAAACAACUCGGGAAGCUUUUCUGUUGUGGUGUUAAACACAAGUGUCACUGCAAUGGUUGCUACUACUUGCACUACAAUCUUUCCUCUUACUUAAAGCACUUAUGUCUUCCUGUGUGUAUUUAUAAAAUAAGAACAAACAUUAACACCCAUACUGAGUUUAAUCCGAAUGCAUCCUGCCAAAACUUAUGUGCAACUAUAUAAAGAACUGUCUUGUGUGAAAGUGUUGCAGUAUUAAAACUUAAAAGGCAGGUUUGAAUAAGAAAAUGGCCUCAUGUCCAUUCAGAGCCUGAAACAGAAAAAAAAAUGAAUACAUAUAUUUUAAAAAAGCAUUUUUAUUUACAU